CAGCAUUUGCGGUGGCGAGCGCCUUGGUAUGGACCAAUUUGAUCAAAUCCCUACAUCUGGAAGAGGAAAAUGCAGGGGAUGACGUCAGUGGCGGGAAAAUCGACAGCUACGUAAUUCCGGCAGAUCUACGCGGCCGUCUCGAUCCGCAGCUCCCCGCGACCUACUUCGGCAACUGCAUCGGGAUCAAGAUAGUGUCGGUGGAGCGGAGGCACCUGCUGGGAGACGACGGCUUCGCGGUGGCGGCGAAGGCGAUCGCGGCGGGGAUUCGGGGGCUUGGAGGGGCGCUAAAAGAAGCGGAGAAAUGGGUAACUGGAUUUGGGGAAGCUUUCAAAUCUGGGAAAGUUGUGACGGUUGCCGGGUCGCCGAGGCUGCGGGUCUACGAGACGGAUUUCGGGUGGGGGCGGCCGAGGAAGUCGGAGCCGGUGCAUAUUGACUCCUCCGGCGCGGUUUACUUCUCCGAUGCGAGAGAUGAGGAAAGGGGCGGGCUUGAGUUCGGGUUGGUGCUGAGAAAGGCUGAGAUGGAUGCGUUUGUGGCUUUGUUUGAGCAGCAGCUGAACCAACUACGUCUCUAG